CUGCCAUCUAUUUGAACCACCAGUGCGAAAUUCACUCCUCUCGGGGUACAAAUCUCAUGUCAAUGUGAUUGCACAAUACUGCCCACUCACUUGGACCUGGGUGACCCCGACUUUCCGCUCCUCUAGGAAGCUCAUCUGAUCCGGUGUAUGCAGCAAGACGGCUGGCGCAUCAGAUGUUUUCUGUAUUAUUAUCCGGUUUUAAGUGUCACUGCGCAUUGGAGCUGAACCGCACUUUAGCCUUUAAACUCCAGCUCUUGUCUUUGUAUCCAUCAUCCACGCCAACUCCCACCAACACAUUCCUCUGAUCUUUGCACCUUAAUAUGUCCGAACUAUACUGCCCCCUUCCUGCCACAGACCAGGAUAUCUUCCGCUUCCGAUGUCAAUAUGGAAUAAGUCUGGGAUCGGUGUUUCUGCAUGGCCCGUGGUCGAGGAGCAGCAGCAGCAGCAGCAGCAGCAGCAGCGGCACGCUUGGCGAGGAUUCUGACAGCCCCGACGAAUUGCAGGCUCUUAAAAAGUCGAUCGCGUCUCAUGGUCUCGAGCAAACUAGAAUGGAGUGGGAAGCCCCCUGGCUCCCUGUUUUGACCGACGACAACCUCGCUUGGCUCAAAGAUGUCGCACGAUGCAACACCAUUCGCUUACCCCUAAGUUUCUACUCCCUGGGACCCUUGUUCUGUCUGGAAACAGCCUAUGAAGGGCUUCCGUCCCAGGUAUAUGCCAGUUGCUGGAAUAUUGUGAAACAUUUCAUCGAGAAGUGCCGCGCUUACGGUGUUGGUGUUCUCAUUGACUUUCAUACUAGCGCUGGUGGCACAAACCUUGCUGCCAACGCGGAAACCCGAGCUAUAGCUAGAGAUUGUGUCGCUUUCUUGGCCCAGGAGGUCACUUUUCAUACGCUGAAGGGGGUGGUCGGGCUUCUAAUAUCUUCGGACGACUACACUGCCGACUUGUGUCAGUGGUAUCAGGAGAUUUUCAUGAUCACAAGUGCCAUUGACCGUUCCCUGCCUAUAUAUAUCAACGACGGUCAAGAACAAACCAAACAGCAGGCCUUCAAGGGUUGCACGGACAGCCUGGAUCAACUCAAGAGAAGCGUACUGAAUGGCACCGCUGCGAUGCCCAAGUCUCUAGCAAUACCUCAGACAGAAGUCCAGGUGAAGGCUCAAAAGGCCAAAGCCAAGCAAUCCCAAUUCCGAGAGAAGGCAUCGUCUCAGACGAGUGACUCUUGGAGCACACAUCAACGCGGAAGCUUCAGCCAUGGCUGGGAACUAGGAUAUAGCGAUGCGCUACAAUUCUUCAGCGCUGCCAUCCUAGGCAUCCUGCCUGAUCGACCCGGUGCAGAUAAAAUCGACUCCCUGGAACCCUGGAUCCAACGGCGCAAAAAAGACCUAGUUCCGGAACAACUCGACGAGGAUCCAACAGCAUGGGAGGAUGGACUUCGGCGGGGGAUAGGCGAUUUUUACAAACUCAUGGAGAUAUGAAUCACCCGGUUGAUGCUUGCGCAGAUCAGCGAUGGUGGACCUACAUGUACUUACGAACGAACCGCUCUCCACAUGCCAGUAGUAAUAAUUCAUAAUCCAUAAUGCAUUUUUGCUUUUUUCUA